CCUAUCCAUUCAGCAGCGCCACGUUACGUUCAACAUUCACUAUGUAGAUAUUUUAAGGUUAACUUAUAGGUUAAGUUUUUUGGUGUCUCUCCUUUUUCUAUCUCUCCAUGUCUUUUUCUCUUUCUGUAUAAAAUUUUGGUUUCAAUGUGAUGAUAAGAUUUCGAAUGAAGAACGGGAAAAGAGAAAGUAUGUCAUAUUUGCGCGAUUGGAGACAAGCAUUACGUGCUCCCCACGUUUACCGAGUUGCUAACAGUACUUUUUAUAUUCAAAGACAAUUUUUAGGAUUAAUAUGUCUUUUAUUGUGCGUUCCACUACUACUUCUGAUUUAUCCUUUUUUUAAUAAUGUCAUUUGUACGCCUGUCACUCAUCAACCCUUGUCUCAAUGUCGGUAUUACAAAUACAAUAAAACAUACCCAUCUACUUCACCUAUCAGAACAGCUAAAGGUAUCACUUAUAGAAUAGCUAUGGUCAGUGAUUUAGAUCAUGACUCCAAAAUCUUAGAUUCUAAAAAUACCUGGCAUAGUCUUAUGAAGACUGGUACUCUAUUCUGGAAUCCAUCUACAAAUUAUAUUUCAAUACUCUGGGACGAUAGGACUCUUGUGUUAUCUUCAUCCUUAGCGAUGAAAGAUAGAGGCAUGGAAUUGUCUGAGUUGAUCACCUUUGAUGGUCAUUUAUUGUCAUUCGAUGAUCGUACUGGGUUAAUAUAUAAUAUCGAAGACAAUCAGGCUUAUCCUUGGGUCAUCUUAUUAGAUGGCAAUGGCAAAAAUCCAAAAGGAUUUAAGUCUGAGUGGGCAACGGUUAAAGAUGAACAGUUGUACGUUGGCAGCAUGGGGAAAGAAUGGACCACACCGUCUGGAGAAUACGAACACAAUAAUCCUCAGUGGAUCAAAAUAGUUUCUCCUAGAGGAGAAAUUUCCUCUGUAAAUUGGAUUUCAAAUUAUAAGAGAUUGAGGCAAGCGAUUAAUAUUGAAUAUCCAGGGUAUAUGAUACAUGAAUCAGGAGUAUGGAGCGAUAUACACAAAAGUUGGUUCUUUUUACCAAGAAGAUGUUCCAAGGAACGUUACAACGAAACCAAAGAUGAGACGAUGAGCUGUAAUGUUCUAUUAAUUGCGGAUGAAAACUUUUUAGAUAUUAAGGUUAAAAAGAUUGGUGAAUUAAUUCCUAUUAGAGGCUUUUCGAGUUUCAAAUUUUUACCAGGAACCGAUGACACCAUCAUAAUCGCAUUAAAAACGGAGGAAUACCAGGGGAAAACGGCCACCUAUGUUAUGGCAUUUUCAAUUGAUGGUAUUAUUAUAAUGCCAGAAGUGAAAGUAACGGAUAAGAAAUUCGAAGGAUUUGAAUUUAUAUGACGAUUCCUAUGAUAUUAUUAAUAGUAUUAAUUAUAAAUAAGUGUAAAAAAAUCUCUAGAAAAUCAUUUUAUACCAAUGCAGGAAAAGAAAACUAUUUGACUUGUAACAGUAUUUGAAAGUAUAUUGUCCUACGGCUUGGACAGAGGUACCACUUAUGUUUUCAUUUAUAUAGAAUAAUAGUUAAUUCGAGAUGAUAAAAUUCACAAUAUCUUAAAUGCAAAUUUUAAAAAAUGUAACAGAAUUGUAAAUAUUUUAUUGCAUUGUAAAUAUUUGCAUACGUACUUAUGUAUAUAUACUCAUUGAAACAAUUUUGUCAUUCACGCUUCGUAAGUUAGCAAUGAAGUUAUAAAUUUUUGAAAAAAAUAUUAUUUUUGGGAGGAAACAAAUGACGUUAAAUUUCUGUAACGUUGAGGGAUUUCCAACUGAUCGUUAUGUACAAUUUUAUAACUUAUCAAAUCAAACGAAAACACUCCUUCAAUGCCAAAGAUAAUAACUUUGACGUUUGUUGUCACAGAAUAAUAAUAGCAUAAAAAAUAAAUUUGAAUUCUUCGAAA